CAGAUACUGUGUAUAACCUGUGAUAAUGUGUCUUCGAAUGACACCAUGAUUGAGGUGCUCAGUGACCUGAUUCCCUCAUUCCCUGGAGAUCCCAACCAUGCACAGUGCUUUAACCAUGUCAUCACUCUCAUAGCAAAAAGUUUGAUACAUCAAUUUAAU